AACAAAGUAAGGUUUUUUAAAAUUUAAUAUUUUGCAAAUAUUUUUAGUUUUUUUUUGCAGAUGGACCUUCCCAAGAAUUGUGUGGACUGCGUCAAAAGCAGGAAUUAUUGGCGGGUGAGGGUCGACGGCAGCCAAAUCUGCUUCUCGCCAAAUCUCCCACGGCCUGACUACUUUGUACAGGUCGUGGCGAAUUUGGACACAUGCCAGACCCUCAUCCCUACUACCACCCCACCCCCUGAAUCCAUAGAUGGGUGGUUCGCCGCAGGUUUUGGCCUCGGCGUUACCACCCUGGUUCUCCUGGGGGUGGGCGUGGUUGCAGCAGUUGCUGCGGUUAGGCGACUCCGUCGUCGUCGUCACGAGCGAGACGGCUACCGUCGUCUCGUCGACGACGACGACCCAUGGACAAUCGCCUUUAGACGUAGGCAAAGAUCGGGGUCAGCAGAGAGUGAGCUGACGCUCUUUCGCGGUGUUCCUCAAGGGACCCCAAUCAGGGACGCAAGGGGAAUUGACCUCCCAGAAGAAGAAGAGGCUCCAGUGGAGGCCGUUGUGAAUGAGGAGGAGGGGGAGGAGGAAGUUGUCGCAGCAGCAGCAGCGGAAGCAGGAGAUGAAAAUGUCGGCGGCGACGUCAACAAAGUGCCUUUGGUGGAGGUGGCCGUGGAGGUUGAAUCGCCUCCCCUCGAUUUUCGACGCAGUGGUCGCAAAACCAAAAAGCCCGACCGGUUCGGCCAUUAG